GAUGUAAACAGAGCCUCGGACGCGAUGGGGGAGGAACUCGAGAGGAAGAGGAUCUCGACCAACCCUUUCCUCUACACCGACGGGAGUCUCGUGGAAGCUGAAGUGCUGCAUGCUAGUCUAGAUGCUAGUGAUGGUUCGGCGGACGGGUCAGGGGCGUCGACUAUCAGCGCAGGAGGAGGCCAGGACGAGGGCAAAGACAGUGACCAGACCCCACAGGCUGAAGUUCCUCCCACAAGACAAGUGUGGGCUGUGGGUCGGGCGGGGGUCGUGUCCAUGGACCUCGAUGACGAGAAGAUGCAGACAAUGACUGGCUCAUACUCAGAGAUUUUGGAAAGACCCUCCCUACCUGAACGUAUAGUGGAAGAAGAUGAAAAGGGAAAGGAUGAGAACGAGAUAGACGAUAGUAAAGAUGAAAUGGACGCCAUCACACCAGUGUGUGCAGACAUGGACCCAGUGCAGGCCUUCCUGACCCAGGAGCGGCUCAGUGCCUUCAUGGCCAGAGACGACUCGCAGGGUGAGGCUCCAGACUAUGGGGCAGGACUGCCUCCGCAUGAUGACCAGGAGCGUCCGUGGAGCCUUCACGUGGGGAGGUGCAGUCCGGAGAGGGCGGAGUCGGCGCUGCAAGGUGCUGGCAUGGUCACGCGCCAGGGAGACAUUAUCUCUUUCGUGGCGGAUGACCUGCACAACAAAAUUAAACUCUCCAGUCCUGUUUCCAAAAGUCAGAGGCUCGACUGAUUCAUCUUUUAUUUUCCCUUUCCUUCUCUCUUUUUUCUUUUUCUUUUUUUUUUUUCUUUCAUUAUGAUUGGUUCUAGGGAAAGCCUGCUCUAUAUGAAGUGGUGGCUUUAUGUAUGA